AAAUAAAGUUGCUGUUUGUGUUGGAGAUGCUGUCAUCAGAAUUCCGCGGCACAAAGAGAAAGAUAUAAAAAUAUCUCUCUGACAUGUAACUUUCCCCCUUCUUCUAGCCCCUUGCUAGGAAUGCCAGAAGAGGAUCCCACGCUGACUGGAACCAUUAGGUCUUUUGUUUGAAUCCCAGUGAUCGAGAAAGAAAUGAGGUUCAUAAUCAGCUAGUAGUGGAGAAAAAAGGAACCCAAGGAGAUAGAGCUGUUAAUUUCACUCGGGACAUUUCCUCGAGGCUACUUUACUCGGAAAGCCUCAAUGUUCCCUGGUAGCUGCAGGAUCUACUUUGGGGGCUGCCAAGUUUCCUCUCUCAUUCUUUCUCCUGCCCCAAGAGCAGGCAGGAAGGAAAGUUCCUGGACUAAUACUCGUCUGUUUGGUAGGCGUGGGUCCUGGUUGAAGUCUCUCUAGGAAAACUCGCAAGUGUAGAAAUCUUCUCUGUAUUACCACUGUCUCUGCACUGAGAUUUGGGCUGCUUUGCUUCCAACGUCACACAUCAAAAUUGAGAUGCCAGGAUCUAACUUUUUUGUGGCUGAAAAGUAUUCUGUUGUGUUUUUAUUCCAUUGUGGUCAGAGAAGAUACUUGAGAAAGAUAAAAACUCUCCAGAUGUCUUCCAGUAAUGUCGAAGUUUUUAUCCCAAUGUCACAAGGAAACACCAAUGGCUUCCCCGCGACAACUUCCAACGACCUGAAGGCAUUUACUGAAGGAGCUGUGUUAAGUUUUCAUAACAUCUGCUAUCGAGUAAAAGUGAAGAGUGGCUUUCUACCUUGUCGAAAACCAGUUGAGAAAGAAAUAUUAUCAAAUAUCAAUGGGAUCAUGAAACCUGGUCUCAACGCCAUCCUGGGACCCACAGGUGGAGGCAAAUCUUCGUUAUUAGAUGUCUUAGCUGCAAGGAAAGAUCCAAGUGGAUUAUCUGGAGAUGUUCUGAUAAAUGGAGCACCGCGACCUGCCAAUUUCAAAUGUAAUUCAGGUUACGUGGUACAAGAUGAUGUUGUGAUGGGCACUCUGACGGUGAGAGAAAACUUACAGUUCUCAGCAGCUCUUCGGCUUCCAACAACUAUGACGAAUCAUGAAAAAAACGAACGGAUUAACAGGGUCAUUCAAGAGUUAGGUCUGGAUAAAGUGGCAGACUCCAAGGUUGGAACUCAGUUUAUCCGUGGUGUGUCUGGAGGAGAAAGAAAAAGGACUAGUAUAGGAAUGGAGCUUAUCACUGAUCCUUCCAUCUUGUUCUUGGAUGAGCCUACAACUGGCUUAGACUCAAGCACAGCAAAUGCUGUCCUUUUGCUCCUGAAAAGGAUGUCUAAGCAGGGACGAACAAUCAUCUUCUCCAUUCAUCAGCCUCGAUAUUCCAUCUUCAAGUUGUUUGAUAGCCUCACCUUAUUGGCCUCAGGAAGACUUAUGUUCCAUGGGCCUGCUCAGGAGGCCUUGGGAUACUUUGAAUCAGCUGGUUAUCACUGUGAGGCCUAUAAUAACCCUGCAGACUUCUUCUUGGACAUCAUUAAUGGAGAUUCCACUGCUGUGGCAUUAAACAGAGAAGAAGACUUUAAAGCCACGGAGAUCAUAGAGCCUUCCAAGCGGGAUAAGCCACUCAUAGAAAAAUUAGCGGAGAUUUACGUCAACUCCUCCUUCUACAAAGAGACAAAAGCUGAAUUACAUCAACUUUACGGGAGUGAGAAGAAGAAGAAGAUCACAGUCUUCAAGGAGAUCAGCUACACCACCUCCUUCUGUCAUCAACUCAGAUGGGUUUCCAAGCGUUCAUUCAAAAACUUGCUGGGUAAUCCCCAGGCCUCUAUAGCUCAGAUCAUUGUCACAGUCAUACUGGGACUGGUUAUAGGUGCCAUUUACUUUGGGCUAAAAAAUGAUUCUACUGGAAUCCAGAACAGAGCCGGGGUUCUCUUCUUCCUGACGACCAACCAGUGUUUCAGCAGCGUGUCGGCCGUGGAACUCUUCGUGGUAGAGAAGAAGCUCUUCAUACAUGAAUACAUCAGCGGAUACUACAGAGUGUCAUCUUAUUUCCUUGGAAAACUGUUAUCUGAUUUAUUACCCAUGAGGAUGUUACCAAGUAUUAUAUUUACCUGUAUAGUGUACUUCAUGUUAGGAUUGAAGCCAAAGGCAGAUGCCUUCUUCCUUAUGAUGUUUACCCUUAUGAUGGUGGCUUAUUCGGCCAGUUCCAUGGCACUGGCCAUAGCAGCAGGUCAGAGUGUGGUUUCUGUAGCAACACUUCUCAUGACCAUCUGUUUUGUGUUUAUGAUGAUUUUUUCAGGCCUGUUGGUCAAUCUCACAACCAUUGCAUCUUGGCUCUCAUGGCUUCAGUACUUCAGCAUUCCACGAUAUGGAUUUACGGCUUUGCAGCAUAAUGAAUUUUUGGGACAAAACUUCUGCCCAGGACUCAAUGCAACAGUAAACGAUACUUGUAGCUAUGCAACAUGUACUGGCGAAGAAUAUUUGGCAAACCAGGGCAUCGAUCUCUCACCCUGGGGCUUGUGGAAGAAUCACGUGGCCUUGGCUUGUAUGAUUGUUAUUUUCCUCACAAUUGCCUACCUGAAAUUGUUAUUUCUUAAAAAAUAUUCUUAAAUUUCCCCUUAAUUCAGUAUGAUUUAUCCUCACAUAAAAAAGAAGCACUUUGUUUGAAGUAUUCAGUCAAGUUUUUUUGUUGUUUUCUGUUCCCUUGCCAUCACACUGUUGCACAACAGCAAUUGUUUUAAAGAGAUACAUUUUUAGAAAUCACAACAAACUGAAUUAAACAUGAAAGAACCCAAGAUAUCAUGUAUCGAAUAUUAGUUAAUCUCCUCAGACAGUAAACAUGGGGAAGAAAUCUGGUCUAACUUAUUAAUCUAAAAAAGGGGAAUUGAAUUCUGGAAACUCCUGACAAGUUAUUACUGUCUCUGGCAUUUGUUUCCUCAUCUUUAAAAUGAAUAGGUAGGUUAGUAGCCCUUCAGUCUUAAUACUUUAUGAUGCUAUGGUUUGUCAUUAUUUAAUAAAUGACAAAUGUAUUAAUGC